GCUGCUUGAGGAUUUUUGUGCGGUGUUGCGUUUGCAAUUUUAUUUUCAAAUAAUUCAACUAAAAACCGAAUUAAUUGAGUGCAAAAGUAAAACAAUCUUAAAAAUCAGACAAUUCUCGAUAAUAUGUGGCCAACAGCAUUACAAUUGACACGAGACGAAUGCCGUGGCAUAUUGCGGAGAUUAGAAUUGGAAUCCUAUGCGAAUGUAAUUAGUGUAUUCCGAGCUCAAGGUGGCCUCACCGACACCAAAUCAAAGCUUCUCGAAGAUCUACGCAAUGUAUUUCAUAUAUCACAGGAACGACAUAGAGCUGAAGCGCGCAGAGUGGCCAACGAUGAACAGCUAUCCACUAUUGCCGAAGCCAUUUCAGGUCCAAAUACUUAUCAAGAAUGGAGUAGAGAGGGUCGUCGUCCGUAUCCUCUGUUGCCGCGUGUCCCACCGCAGACAGCUUUGUGUGUCGUUGCUAAUCAUGUUGCUGCCGAAGUAACAAAUGAGAACACCCAAUUGCCAUAUCCAUCGGAAACGGGGAAUCUGCAACAGCCGAAGCAAGAAUUUUCCGAGCGCACCAACGAAACUUCAAUACCAGUUGUCACAUCGGAUCCAUUUCAACCAGAAAUACCAGAUAUACGUAAAACUCUCAAAAGAAAUCUUCCACAACCAGAAGCCACAACUUCGACAAAAAAACGAAUUGUCUCGGAAAUUGUUUCUCCCAGUGCCACGACCAGUGAACCACCUCUUAGUCCUGCAACACAAAUACGUAAACUGUAUCACAAUCAUAGUAAAACGCAAUCAAAACAGAAAAACCCCGCUUCUGCGAAAAAGUCCAAUAAUUCGCCCAUGAAACGUCCAACAGCGGCGUCAGCUAAAAAACGUCUCAUAAGUGGAGAAUCUGUAGCAGACUCGAAUAAAGCAAAUAAUGUGAACCCAGCAGUAGUACUUCAAUCUCCAACGACACCGUUGCCGUUGUCGUCUGCGUCAUCAUCGUCAGUGUCGACGGCAGCUUUGAGCAGUACAAACACAACUGCAACAAGUGUUGAAAUAAUCCCACCACCUCCAUUACCACCACCAUCAUUACCGUCAUCAUCUCCAUCGUUAACAUCCCCAGAUAUAUCAAAUGAGCUUCAUCAAAUUCAACCGCCUGCAACAAUAACUACGACGACAACAACAACAGCAACAACUACAACCAUCCCACAAAUUGCCACAUCGAAGAAAGACAUAUCAAAGAAUCUUUCUAAAUUGAAUAUGAACACAAGUCAACCUGUGCUGCAGCAACAGCAACCCGAAAAGCUCCCUCCCGAAUGCAAGACUGAGAAACUCUCGACACCAGUUCAAAAGUACAUAGUCGAUAAUCGUACCCCGAUGAUGCCCACACAGUUUUUGGACAAACAACAAGUCAUAACCAACAAAUUAAAACCUAUGACAGCUAUUGUGCCUACCCCACUUUCUGCAUCGUCGAAAGCCAAGGUGACCAGUGUAAAAACCCUAAAAGGUGGUAUGAUGUGCUCGACACCGGUCAGCAGCCAACCACAGGUGUUCAAUAUUAUCGAGACCAGUAGUCAACCUUACAUACCACACACUCCUCCGGCUAUAAUCAACAUUAGCAGCAAAUUCGAGCCGGAGCACGGAAAAGUCUUAAAAACAAAAUUGCUGCCCUUAAUACUCGGCAGCAAGAUGGAAUCCAACAAUGUCAGUCCUGGACAGAUGAAAGGCAGCUCUCUCUCCACAGCGCCUACAAUUUUCCGUAAACCAAACAUCAUAAAAAGUGGUAUGCCACCGACUAAGCCGAAAAUUCACAUAACCAAUCAGCAAAUUAUAAGUCCUCCCACUGUAGCCAGUUUGAAGAUGUCGCCUCAUCUACAUUUGAAAGGUGUACCGGGUGGUGGACCGAUUCACAAUAGAAAUAGUGUCAAAAUUUUCUCUUCGUCCAACGGCAAGAUGUUCAUACAAGCUGCGGACAGUUCAGGGAAACAAAUAGCUAAGUUGAAUACAGUUGUGCCGGCGCAAAAGGGUUUGGUGAACACCAGCAGCACGCCUCCGGGUCGAAUAGCGAUACAGAAAGUUCACAUAAUACCAGCUCCCGGAGCAAUGGCGUCGUCUUCUGGCACAGCUUUAGGCAAUGUAACAAUUCCCAAGUCGAUGGCGAUCACAAAGCCGAACAUGAUAAUUAUGCCGAUGACAGGGCAACAGACCAUGAAAGGAUUGCCAAUUGUGAAGAGCAAUAAGUUUUCUACAUUGGUUCCAUCGCAAAUGGCGGUCCAAGAUAACACCGCCGCCACCAAUAAUCCGAAAAGCAAUGUCAUUGUUAUUGGCUCAGUACCAAGCAUCCCACAGACAAUCUUGCCAAAGGAAAUACAUGGAUUCAGCAACAGAAAUAGCAUGAUAACCGAGGACACUCCGGUGGACAUUAUUACGACUCCAAUAAUUGUCGACGUAGACAGCAUAGGUUCGCAAUCGCUUAAACCCACCGAAACCAUUGACCUGACAACAAUGUCCGACAGCCAUUCGAAUUCUUCUCCGCCGUCCAAUAAAUCUGGUCCGGUUGCUAUAGUACCUAAUCGACUGGCUUCCGAGACGUCAUUCGAAGAGUCGAGCGAAAAGAUGGUCGAAGGCGAUGCGACUGUUGUACAAGAACCACAACAACAGAAUUCGAUGGUAAUAGGUGUAACCGAUUGGGAAAUGGAACUCGAUCAGGAAGCAAACAAAACACGAGCUUUUAAUGCUGAAAAAAUUCGCAGACGAAACAGUGUGGAGAGCAUGGUAAUUGGGAGUGGACCGGAAGAGGAUUCAGAUGAACAUUUCGCUGAAGAUGAUGUUAUCGAGGAGCAUGAAGAGACCGAAGAGGAAAUGGAAAUUGCCGUUGGGGUUGAACGAGACCGUCGCGAUAGCAAAAGAGAAAGAGAAAUGACUGAGAAGAAAAGACAAGAGCAGCUUGCAGUACAUAGGCGACAUCAUCAGCAGUAUGAAGACGAUGAAGAGGAAACAAUUGAAGUUGGCGAUGAACAAAUGAAGACCAGCAGUGAAGGAGAUGUUAUUCAGUAUGAUGAAUCUUAUGAAUCCGCAAACGAUGAACUGGACGAGAAUAUUACAAUCGAAUAUGUCGAAGAUGAACCAGACGGAUAUGAUGAAAAAAUUGACUCUACAUCCAGCGAUCAAAAAGACACAAAUGAAAGCAAUAGCAACAUUGGUGACACCAAACAAUCAUCUGCUAACCCGCUUCCAGCCGAUGGCGCUGAUCCAACUCCAGAACGUAGUGAAAAUAAAUCCCAACCAUCCACAAAUGAAUGCAUGGUUUCCGUAGAGGAGAUUUCUUCUACAACACAACAAAAUAUUUCUAGCUCCAAGAGUGAGCAUUGAAGAUCGAAACUUGUGAACAUUUGUGCAAGCAAACAACAAAUUUGUUUGCAUAGAAUAGAACUUGAAAAAUUAUGGUUGUUGUACAUUUUUAUGAAUUUGAUUCAGUUGAAUGGAAAAAGUUUUGUUUUUUUGUUUUUGUUUUUUUCUGAAAAAAAAAAAUAAUUAAUUAGUUGCAGUGAGAACAGACACAUCGGUACAAUCUUUUUCCGUAUUUCAUUUCACAUAAUUAUUGUAUGUAUAUUCUUACAGAGAGAGAUUAUAGUGUAUAGAUAAAAUAAUAUAGAAAUAGCGGAGAGGUGCUAGAAAUAUAUUAAAACAAAACAAAAACAAUGAUUUUGUCGCUCGCAACACGUUUACCAGUUUUAAGAGUUAAAAUAUUUUUAAGAAUGCACUUAGAUAAAAAUGGAUAUUUUUGAAUUCUUUAAGAACUUUAUUCACAAGCUCAUAUGUUAGAAUGUUUAACUUUUAUUUUUGUUUGCGCAAAACCUUUAUUAAUUCAUCAACCAACUCUCAUUUGUCGCGGUAAUAAUAAUUUAUUAAAUAAAUUUAUUUACAUAAACAAUUGCUCAAUAA